AGAGUCACAAUUUUGGUUUUGAUCCAUUUUCCAUUGUUUGCCCAGAGACCUAAACAUAGAUAAAACAGGGGUUAUGUGUGUGUGUGUGUGUGUGUGUGUGUAAAACAUCCUUGUGUUUGUAACAUACUUGUCCAAAUAAAGUGAUUAUCUUUAUCCUUACACCAAAGAAUGAUUGAUCGACUGAGAAAUCCUUUAGGUUUGCUUUUUGAUAUGUCACAUAAAAAAAAAAAAUUCCAACAGGUGGCAAUGCGGGCGCUCGGCUUUGAAGUGAAGAAAGUGGACGUUCUGAAGAUUCUUAAAGACUAUGACAGAGAGGGAAAUGGCAAAAUAACAUUUGAGGAUUUCAAUGAAGUUGUGACUGAUCGCAUCCUGGAGCGAGACCCAAAGGAGGAAAUCAUGAAGGCCUUUAAGCUCUUUGAUGAUGAUGAGUCAGGGAAGAUCAGUCUGAGGAACCUGAGGCGAGUAGCCCGAGAACUUGGGGAGAAUGUCAGUGAUGAGGAGCUGCGCAGCAUGAUCGAUGAGUUCGACACUGAUGGAGAUGGUGAAAUAAAUCAGGAGGAGUUCCUUGCCAUCAUGACUGCAGACUCCUGAGGAGAGGUUUUAAUGAUGCUCAGGACUUUUCCCUUCUAUUGGUCGUCCAUAUUGUACGAAACUGGGUGACUGAACAUCUGAUGUGUGCACGAAAGAGAAUACGGGUCAACAUGGACACACGGCUUCCUCUCGAUGGUCUGAAGUGGAGCUGCUCGUUGGCCCUGUGGUUUAUACUGGAGUCAUUAUAUAAAAAAAUUCAAAUUUGCUCCAGCCUUAGAUGUUUGUGUCUUAAUGGAACAUGGUGUGAAUUCAUCUGUAUCAGACCAGUUUAGGCUUUGAUGAAUUUGAUGUGUUAGUCGAGUUUAUUACAUUCGCAUCACAGGGGCCAUUUGGGAAAAGAGGACGAAUACAUGGGCAGGUUUACUGAUCGUUCCUGAAGAGAGUCUGUCAAUCUGUGGCUGCAAAUUCUUUAAGACAAAACGCACAAUUCAUUCUGUAGAUGAUCAUUUUAACUGUAGUGUUUUACACAGUGUGAGUGAUGCAGCUAGAUGAGUGUCUAUUUAUUUUAUACAAAAUAAAGUGGUUUUCCAGCAAA